GUAAAUUCUUUCCAAGCUACACACUUUACUGUUUGUAGCUGAUUGCAAUUUGCAAGCCCAUUGUCUUAUCGCCAACCACACUGAUACCUCCAUCCAUCCUUUUCCUUCUAGUAACAUUUUCUUGAUUGGCCAUUAUAUUACGCAACCCAGCUUACUCGAUCCAGAAACACCGCAACAUUAGUGACCACUUUAUCUGCAAAGAAUUCCGUUUUUGCUGUUGUCAUCUGGCAUAGUUUCCACGCCCUUUACGGAGGGCAGGUGGCCGUGUAAAUACUCGAAAGUCUCAAACCGACCAUUGCAGUGAAAACCCAGAUUGGAGAAUUAUCAAGAAUUGCUAGUGAGAAGUGAUUCUUUGAUGGGAGAGGGUUGUGGGUAUUUUGCCACUGGGUUUCUUGGGCUUGCUUUGUAAGAGAUCUGGCAUUGGGUUAUGAACACAGGAAGAGACAUGGUACUGGGGUUUCUGAGAUCUGGGGUCUAAGGAUUGCUCUUUGAAUCUUCUCUUUGCAAGGGUAUUUUUGACAUACAAGCAGAUGGCUUCUGAUCUAAACAAGGGAUUAUCCAAAGAAACGGACGUCGGCCUUCAAGUUUGGGAACUAAUUGGGAUUAUCAUUGGCUUGUUAAUUGUAGUUAUUCUCUUAGCAUUGACCUUUUAUCUCACUUUAAGGAAGAAGUCUAGAAGACCCAAAGACAAUCUUCCCCUUUGUCAAAUUCCUACUGUUUCUAAAGAAAUCAAGGAAGUUCGAGUGGCGCAUGGAUCAACAAAUGAAUUUUCUUCCCACAAUGGGAUUCUUCUUACUAUUCAAGAUAAUUCUGGCAAUAAAGAUUCAGACAAGGUUUUGGUUAAUCUUGGGGUGGGGAGAACAAAGAAUGGAGUUAGUAAUAUUUACAAUGAUAGUCUUUCGGGUUCUUUUCAUCUGCCUGAAAAGGAUUUUUGUGGGUCCCAUUCGGGAGAAGACGGGAGUUCUGGCAAAUUUUCCGGUUAUAAACCUUAUUCGUCUCGUCCGAUUGCUGCACCUUCUCCAUUAAGUGGUUUGCCUGAGUUUUCCCAUCUGGGGUGGGGCCACUGGUUUACGUUAAGGGAUCUUGAACUUGCCACGAAUCGCUUUUCCAAGGAGAAUGUUCUCGGUGAGGGUGGAUAUGGUGUUGUUUAUCACGGGCAGCUGAUCAAUGGAACUGAAGUAGCUAUUAAAAAGCUCCUCAAUAACCUAGGUCAAGCGGAGAGAGAAUUUAGAGUGGAGGUUGAAGCAAUCGGCCAUGUGCGCCACAAAAAUUUGGUUCGUCUUUUGGGAUAUUGCAUUGAAGGAACACAUAGGAUUUUGGUAUAUGAGUAUGUAAACAAUGGAAACUUAGAGCAAUGGCUUCAUGGAGCUAUGCACCAGCAUGGGUAUCUAACAUGGGAGGCAAGGAUGAAGAUUCUCCUUGGCACGGCAAAGGCUCUUGCCUACUUGCAUGAGAACAUUGAGCCAAAGGUGGUUCAUCGGGACAUCAAGUCAAGCAAUAUACUUAUAGAUGGCGAAUUCAACCCCAAGGUCUCUGAUUUUGGCCUUGCUAAGUUGCUGGGGGCCGGUAAAAGCCACAUCACGACUAGAGUCAUGGGUACCUUUGGAUAUGUGGCUCCUGAAUAUGCAAAUACUGGUCUCUUGAAUGAAAAGAGUGACGUUUAUAGCUUUGGGGUCGUGCUGUUAGAAGCAAUCACUGGACGGGACCCGGUCGACUAUGGACGUCCUCCUCAAGAGGUGAAUCUUGUGGACUGGUUGAAAAUGAUGGUUGGAAACCGACGGUCGGAGGAGGUUGUGGAUCCAAAUAUUCGUUCACGGCCAUCAACCCGAGCUCUCAAGCGGACCCUUUUGACUGCUUUGAGAUGUGUGGAUCCGGAUUCCGAGAAGAGGCCCAAGAUGAGCCAAGUUACACGCAUGCUUGAAUCCGAGGAAUACCCCAUCCCAAGAGAGGACCGAAGGCAACGAAGGAUUCGAGGCACAGAGAGUGAAUCCCAUAUGGAGAACUAUGACAAGAGUGACAACCCGGAUUCACGAUCAGAGAGCAAAAGGAUUGGCGAAGCAUGACUCCCUCCCGCCAUUUUGGACACGCUACUUUGCACAGUACUUUUCGAUAUAAAUAAUACGUGCUCUGCAGU